AUGGCCACUGAUGAGGACCAGGCUGGAUCGAGGAGGUAUAACAUUGUACAAGUGGAUUGUGGCCGUGGGGAUUUCUCCGUUACAAUUAUCGGCAAUUGCAAACGUAUCGUUGUGGACUUCCUUCCAUCCGAGUCCCGAGAUGGCACACCAGAGAGAGCUCUGAUCGAGCGCUACGAGGCUUCUUUUGACGAAGAUGAGGAUGAGACAGACGCCGUUCAACAAGAACUUGUGAACAUGAUUUGGGAUGUGGGAGGGCCCAUUUUUGAUCAGCUCGCCCCCCCAGUUGCCACAGGAGCUCCACUCCAGAAUCUACAUUCUUUGCUCUUUCCGGAAACCCAUCAUUUCUGCUUUGCCAGGACUAAUGGUAAAGCAGAGCUGUUAGAGCAAGAAUUCGACAACCAGGACUAUUCUCCACCUCCGGUAAAGAUUGAUAACGCUUUGGGUUUACCCAAAUAUUCCUCGAAAGAUAUUCAAGUCUUGAAACAGAUAGUAGGUGAAGGCAACGUCACACAAGUAUUGGUAAAUGGGCAAGAAAUGUGUUGCAAGAGUGGGCAUGAUUCAUUCGACUGGCCCUCAGUUAAAAGGGAACUUGAUUGCCUCCAGAAAAUCGCACAUUCUAAAUACGCCUCAACUAUUCGAGCACCGAAACUACUCGGUCUUGUCACGUCAGCUGACAACGGACAAAUCAUUGGGAUCCUGGAAGAAUACCUACCGACCGAUCUGGAAAAGCUGCCUACGUUGGGAGAGGUAGAUAUCUCUGUCGUUGCAGACUCGCGGAGGAAAAAGUGGGCAUCUCAGAUUCGAGAGAUGGUUGAUUUAUUGCAUGAGAUUGGAGUUGUGUGGGGAGAUGGCAAGCCGCAUAAUGUGCUUGUACAUCGAGAUACGGAUGAUGCCUGGCUGAUCGAUUUUGGAGGUGGCUGGACGGAUGGAUGGGUAGAUGAGGAGUUGAUAGAAACACUAGAAGGCGACACACAGGCAGUCAAGAAAAUUUUCGAGUUUUUAAAAGUCUGA